AUUUUUUAGUGUCAAGGAAUGUCAUUUGGACUCGAUAUGGUGAAAAAUCGCGAAGCUAUCACCGCCCUUCAUAGAGAUGGAAUUAUUUUUGCCACAAAUCCACUCGAGAAUCGAAAUAAUCCUAUUGGCCCUCCUCCUAAUUUAGGGUUUCUUGAAAUUUGUGGCGAGUUUUCAAACAAACUGCUAAAACAAGACAAAAAGGUGGUUUUACAGUUUUUGGACCGAAUGCUGACCAUGGGAAGGCUUUCACCUCGUCGAGAAUGGGAACCUCUCUUGUUCUACCGGAAUUCCUUGGUUCAUGGCGAAACUGAUCCAUCUCCGCAUUCUGUCAGGAGCGCUAACAGACGACGUCAUCGCGAUACAGGUGGAGACGACGGUGAAAUCGCUGAUAACGAUGAUGGAUCAGAUCAGGAUUUUGCCGAGUGCGGGUAAUAUUACCCGGUUUGACUUCAGCAUUUGAGUUGUGAAUGAAUGAAGUGAAUUCAAAGUAACAUAACAUGUACGUGAAAAAGUUUCAAUUCAUUUUUUGAUAAAUUUCCAGUGUUAACGCAUCUUAUUUGCGAUGAUUCUAGGAAAUGUUAGUUUUUAUUAACGUUUGGUGAGGUGCUUUGUUAUUUAUCCUUUUGGCUACUAAACUGCGACACUUAAAUUUCCAUUUUAACAAUGGAUCCUGCUGUUAGAUUACGUACGAUCGCACUUGUUGGAUUCUCUAGGAUAAAUAAACACAGUUGACAGUUGUGACGGUUGUGAAUUGA